AUGGACAUCAAGUUUUGCAAGACCAACCUCCUCAUUGAGCACAAGGAGUUGGAUGGGAGGUUCCAAUUCAAGUUCACACAUCCAUUGGCUGGACCCUCCAAGCUUCUCCUGCCCAACCCUGAGCUCACCACAGUAGUCAGGGGUGAGAACAUUGACUUCAGACCCCCUGUGUACACAUUAGUUGGGCAUGAGACGAUUUGCGAGAAGAGGAGCCUGAGCUCGAUCGAGCUGAGGAUCGAGCUGAGUCUCAAGCUGAGGAUCGAGUCCAGGAGAGUGCGGAUUUGGGGAAAGCCAUUGAAAGAUGCAAAAGUCCAUGGACAAGAUGGUGAGCAAGAUCAAGAGUUUGGAGAAGAAGGUUUCUGGUUCUUCAAGCAAGAAGAAGAAGGCUCCAUGAGCCACAUUCCCUAG